AUGACGCGCCAACCUUCCAAUCAAUCUCUCGACGCUCCUGGUCAACCCGCCAACCCUUUGCCUAUUCCUACUACCCAAUCUGUUGCUCAAUCUGCCCCUCCUCCCCAAAAGUCUGCUCUUCAACAACCAUCAUCCUCAGACCAUGUUUGUCGAUCCAGAGAUGCCAUAUCCUGCGGCCGUGGACAAGGUGGACAAGGUGGAGAAGAUGUUUUCAUGCCACCUCCACGAUUGACUUACCUGGAUUUGUUGAUCAUUGAGAAUUCGGGAUUUCCAAGUAUGGCUGAGUUUGAGAUCUUCCUCCAGCUGUACCAGAAAUCAUAUUAUCAAAUGGAACCAGCGGAACGCAAAAAGCUCUCCCAGCAAGUGGAGCUUCUUCGACGAAGUAUGCGCCAUCCGCAAUCGAUUCAGGCGCUGUUAGAAGCACAGCAGAGUAUUCAGGCCGGUCAACCGUUCCUCAGCCUCAAGCAUUAUGCAAACUUCAGCCGCAAUGGAUACAUACUUACCUCCAUGAUCAGUCGCUGCCUUAAUCUUACCUCUUUCGCUCUGCAGCGAGCCGUUUUUAAGGCCGCGGUAGAAGCAAGUAGGAACACCGACACGCCAAACAUAGCAACCAUUUCAGGUAAAAGCUGUGAAGACAUUUUGACCCGUGGUGUACAACACUGGACCGCUGAGGACAUCUUGAAGCUUGAGACGAUCGUCUACAUCCGCCCCGCUGAGCACCACGUCAACAACCCUCCAUCUAAGGUCACUUCGCGUACUGAUUUUUCAUAUUUCUCGCAUGAGCCACCUCUUCAUUACCCAGAUCCUCCCAAGUAUGGGAGUAUGAAAAUGGAGCCAAACAAUUUCGUUUUGUCCUUGCAACAACCAUGGACAUACAGCCAGUGUUUGGACUACCUCGCUGAUCGGACGAUAAAAUUUAUGAAUUCUCGUGAUCCAGAAGCUUUUUUCUUCAGCUUACCUUCGGAUGACAAGCUUCAAGGCAUGACGGCGGAUCAACGCGCAGAGGUUGUUCGUAAACACAUUAUAGAGCAAGAUGAAAAGUGUGCUCUAUCAAAGUCAGGCAAUGAUACGUACCCUGUUCACUCGAAAACCUUCAAGCGUCCUAUUACAGAUACACACUGUAGUUUGGUUCCGGAGCUUGAUACAACUGCAUCAAUCUCAAAAGGUAGCCCUUACAUCCAGGAAUCUCUUGCGAAUCAUCGACACCACGAAACCCAUGAUAUAUGCAGUAGUGGAGGUAGACAUGAAUUUCAUUCACCACUAUCGAACUCUCGUGCAAAUUAUGAAAGCAGAUUGGGACAUGGACGUCAGCCGCCAUCGAGCAUUGCGGCAGAUGACGGAGAUUGCGAUUCAGACCUGGAAAAUGACGAUGAUUCUGAUUGGGCUCCCACUCAAUCUGACAAUUGGAGCUCGCCAUCGAGAUCAACAAAGCGUGUAUCCUUCGCUGCAUCGGUGACAGACAUACCAGGAAAUCUUCGUGGACAGGAAAAUAGUAUCGUUCCAUCUGAUUCCCUCUCCUUUGCAGAGUCGGAGUCAGAGACUGAUCCAGCAACCACUGAAGACAAUGUAUCACUAAGCGAAAACAUUCGCAAUCGUCAAGAUUGUCUUUGGAUUGCUUCUGUAGCUCAUGCUACAUCUGCGAUGGAAGUUGCUCUGGCUCCCGAUGAUGAAAAUGACGUUAUUGUCCCAGUUAGCAAACCUCGUACCUCUGUCUCGAAGAGAGGAAAUAGAAAGCGCUCAGUGACUCGAGGUCAUCGAGUAGCUCAACCACGUGCUCAACGACGCGGUGAGGAUUUGAACAAUAUGAAGCUCGAUUCUGGUGAUGAGAAGGUUCAAAAGUGUCAAGGUAUCAGAGCCGAAGAGGUUUUGUCUCCUACUUGGGAAGGGGUUCCCCCAACGCAACGAGGCAUUUCAAAUAUUAGAUAUGUUCCUCAAGCAGAUUCGAUAGCAGCCAUGCAAGAAAUGUUACUAGAGCAGCAAAAAAAGAAGAGAGUCCAAUUAAUGCAAGAAAGUGCCGCUAUGCGAGCUAGACUUUUCUCAAUGAUUGGUCCAAAAAAUGAUCAAGACUUUGAAGCUUCAGCAUAUGAACCGGCAUUGUUAACAAUGGAACAGGAAAGCAAGAACCAAGUUGAAUCGAAACGCCAAGAACAGGUUACCAUGUCAGCUGCUUAUUCCUCCUGGGAGAGUAGUGGUUCCUCCUGCGAGAAUGGUCUCUCUUGGGAGGGGGUUGGUCAAACAAUGCCUGUAGAAUCUUCUCUUGUUUCUCUCGGAAAUGACAAAAAUAUCCUCAAUGUUCCCCCAAAAUUCCACGGUGUCACAUCGAAAGAAGCUCAGCAAUUCGAACUUGGUCAGCUUGGAAAGCCUAAGAAUCGUUCCGCGCUUCAGGCUUCCCAUGCGGGCAAGACUUCUGCUUCUGCCAAGGGCCCCAAAGACUUUAAACAAGACAUGGCUACCAAGUUGGGUGACCUUAGGAAAUUUGCGGAUGAGUUCAAGAUGUCCACCCCAGUUCCAAGUGACAUUGCCUUUAUCAAUCACGGUGAGGUUCCCGUGGCUGUAUCGCAGAAUCACUCUCAGGAUCGUGCUAACACUUGCGAUGAAGGUCCUCUUCGUAUUGCUAUCAAGGAAGAGAAUCUUCGUCGUUUCAAGGGUGUUCCAUUUGAUGAGUCGAAUGUGAAAGUUAUCUCGGUUGAGGAAGCUACUCGUCUUCUUGCUUCUCAGAAGUUAGCUAAAGAGAUCUCGACUGCUACAAAGUCUGCAACUGGUACCUCUCCUUCCAUUCCUGCAAAUAUUCCAUUGAAUGGUUUCGAUCUCAGCGUUACAGCUACAGCAUAUGAUCAAGACCGUUUCAUAAAAGCUAUCAAUAGCAGCGUCAAGAGUCACAAGGCUAACCAUAGUAUUCACAGCCUCGAACAAGACGGUUCAAUGAAUGCCAAGUGCAGAAGUCGUUCCGAGAGAUCGAGAUUGAGAUCGAGAUUCAAUGAUUUAAGUGGCGAGCUGUUCUGA